UUCGCAAACGUGAGUGAGUGUCACUUACAAGCCUCUUUCGCGCGCUGUGUUGCAGAGCUGCAUCUUGACCCAUUCAACGCUGCUCUACUCGAUGAUACGCACCAAACACAAGACGGUAAUUCAAUCUGGCGUGUUAACCUGUCAUUGUCCGCCUUGACUUCAAGAACGCAUGCUCUUCGAUCAGCCAACAAGCCCUCAUCCGAGCCUUCAGGCAGGAUGGACCAGCCCGGAUCUGAUAGUCGCAAGCGGAGAAAGAUCACACCCACUAGUCUUAUGACGACGAAUUCGACCGGACCUGUCGAACCAGAAUCUGCAAGACCGAGCCACAUGCUUGGAACGGCAGUAUCAGUCGAAUCAGGAAGCUGGAAUUACCUGGCGAAAUGGAUAACGACUGACGAAAGCAUUAUUGGGGAUAUAGAAGAAGAACAUUACUCAGACGUGAGUGAUGAAUCUGCAGAAGCGGCGCAAGACGCAGAUCUCGAAAGUGAAGAGGGAGACGAUGUGUCGCCCGAAGGUCCAAUGAUUAAACCCAGCAAACUGGGUACCGACAAGGUUACUGAGAUCAUUAACGACUGCAUUGAUAUGUACACGAAGGCCUGGAGACCAGGAAAGGACGAGACAAAGUAUAAAGACGAGAAGGGACAAGCUGAGGUCCCGGUCGUGUAUGAUGCGCUCGCAUUAUGGGAGGAGGCAGAAGCUGCUGGUCAGCGAGAAGAGUUCGCCGAAAAGCACAAACUGGAAGCAGACUACUAUCGGCAUCGCCUCAACCAACUGUGUGAAGAGAUUUCGAAAGAUCCAGGGAGCACAAUUACCGGGGUGAAGACGAAAUGCAGGAACCUCGAAGUCACUGUGGAUCUGCUUGAACGCGCGACAUGGCUCGAGGAAAUAUAUAGACUGCCUCCCGAUGCUACUAGCGACGGUGAAUCACAGGGCGAGCCUUCCGUUCUCAACAACAAAGCACAAUCGCCCACAGCUCGGCCGACCCCACCGUCUCAGAUCAUUGAUCUUGGAUCGCCUUCCGACACGUCGGAACCUGAGGAUGAUGAGGUGCCACUCACCGGCGUCUCCGCCACGCCUGUACAGUAUAUCGACGGGAACGACCCAGAUCAAAAGGUUCAAAUUGGCGCCUCGACAUCUGAUUCCAUUAUCAUUGAUACUAUUGAGAGUCCAUUGCGUGGGUCGGUAGCAACUUCCACGCCCACCGUACAUUCACGAGCACUGCUUGACGAAGCGCCUGAGCAUGCCUCUGUAUCAACUGUGAACCGCUGGAGCUGGGAUCAACUAGAAGAAACGCAAGAUCGCAAGCGCGCGGUUUCCAAAGCUAUCAACGAGCUGAGCUCGACGGAAAGACGAACCAUCAAGCAAAGGCUGCAGAGUGUUGGCAGAGCCAAUAUGGUUCGAGAAAUCCUGACAUGUAUUGAUAUGUUCUUGCGUGGCGACAACAAGAUUCCUGGGGUCUUACCGCAAGAUCUGUCAAAGAUCGUCACUUUCACAAAACUGUUCCUGUGCUGGUGGUCGUGCAGCAAUUGCUUCAAGAGAGAUCUAUCCAAGCUUGAGCUUGCAGAGUUGGCAGAAUGUCUACGACAACAUGCACCGGAUCCUGCGACCUUUCAUGAUUACGUCAGUACAGUCCUGAGUACGACCUUUAGCCAUGCCGCGCUCAGUCGCUCUACACAACCAUCACAGGCGGAGAUCAUUGAAAUUUCCGACGACGACGAGCCUCCUUCGCAGCUUCCAGUGCGGCGUAAAAGCAACAACGACAAGGGAGGCUUGGGUGAGAACCCAGCUAUCGUCAUUGACUGAUGUUCGUGCAGUGCUAUGAUUGUACCCGGCGUGGCAAUUCGGCUAUACAUGCAUACUUAUUACCAUUUGCUAGGAGGGAUCGCCUCGAUCACAUCCUCUUGCAGGUCACAAAGCCCU